CCAGAAUCUCGGUAGCUCGGACGGGACGAUGUGGUCGUCGAUGCUGGGGCUCCCUGACACCAUCUUGCGGCAGUCUGUGGCAGAGGCGCGUCUGGGAGAAGUCGAGACGCGGCGUGCGACGCAAGCUUUCCACCGCGCUUCAGGGCAUGGCCAGAUGACAAAGCAAGUCUUCGUCCAUUCGGUGGUGCGCGAAUUGUUGCCCAACUUUCCAAUGCCGUUGGCGGAGCGCCUGUUUGGGUGCAUCAACGUCGACCUGUCUGGCAUGCUCAAGUACAAGGAGUUUAUCAGCACAGUCUGUGUUCUCAAGGUCGGCACUCCCCGCGAACAGCUCAAACUCGUGUUCCGCGUCCUCGACAGCACUGAAUCGGGGUACAUCACGCGGAAGGACGUUCGCACAAUGCUGUCGUGGGUCAUGGCAUCGACACCAAACUCGUUUGACGCAACGGACGGCGGCGGUAUGCCGUGGACGGCCGCCACGUUCGAGUCAACCUUGUUUGUGAUGGCGGAGAAGAUUAAAUGGGAAACAUUUCGGAACAGAAUGACGACAAGCAGCGGGCAAGUCUGCCAGGGCGGGCUCAUUCUCGUCAGCUGGGUGCACUCCCUUGGGCUGGCCAUGACAUUCCAAGAAUCGUCGCUUCCGACGACGCCAGUGGCGGUGGUUGCGGCUCCGUCCGCGAUGCUUGCAAUGUCGAACGAACUGACCACGACACCGUCCACACUGCACGUCCUCAAGCUGUAUUCUUCUUCGACCGCGUUAUACGGGGACAGAAAGACAACUUUGCAUCACCACUUUCAUCGGCUCCAUGCCGCCUACGGCCAUGGCGUUGGCAUUCCCCGGGCAGUGAUCCAUAGUGCGUUUGCCUCAACCUUUGUCUUUCCAUCGGCGUAUUUGGACUGCGUGGCCAGCGACUCGCGCGAUCAACACGCCGACGACGCACCGACGCUGCGCGACUGGAUGAUGCAUCUCACAUUUGCCGCGCAUGCCUCGAUGUUGGAAGGACUGCGAUGCCUCUUUGAUUUGUUCGUCGACGUUACCAACAGCACUAGUCCACCGUCCCCAACCUCGUCGGUUGUGUCAGACUUGGCGGAACUCGUGUAUCAUCUCGUCCCAGCGCCAACAUUUGUCUUGAACCGACCGUUCUGGCAAAGCCACAUCGCGCCGCCGCCGCUGCCGCACGACGUGGCGCAGUGGACCGAUCAACUCGUGGUGGACAGCGACAAGGCCCAUGUGACGUUUGCAGACUUUUGUGGAUGGCUGUCGGGCCAACAGCCCGCGCUUCUCCACGCCUUGCAUGAAUGCUGUGAUAUGGUUCACGUUCGGCUCCUCGGGGACAAAGUCAAGCCCGAGACGGCUGUUCAAGUUGUUUUGGGACUGCUGCAAGUGUACGACAGCGCGACGAACGCGGGGGUGCCUGGCCAGGAAUGGUAUCGCACCAGCGCUGCAAUGUGGCAACCUUUCCUCGACUUCGACGACAACCAUGAAUUGGAGGCCAAGUUGAGGCUGACGGCGCCCGACCACGACGGCGCGACCAUAACGCAGCUGGAUCACGUAUUUGUUAACAGAGCCACGUUUGACGCGCUCUGUCGUUGGCACCCAACCGUGGCGGCGGCGUGCGCAACAACGCGGCCACCACCACCACUUGCGCUGGAUGACGUGUUUGUGCGCAUUACGAACGAUCAGAGGCAGCUCGAACAAUCGCUUUUCGUGAUCCACGUCGUGAGCAACAACACGGGUGUUUCACCAUCACCUGACCAACGGCUGCACGCCAUGAGCCCCGAAUCCACUUCGAUCGAUUCAUGUGCUGCACGACCCGACCAACCGCGCCAAGAGGAUCGUGCGGCCCGCAGUUCAGUUGUCAUGUUGAGCGGGCGGACUCCUCAGCAGUAUGCGCCAGUCUUGGUCCGCAUGGCGACUGGCGGUCCAUUCGCAGCGCCAUUCACGUCGUCUGCGCCGUUUUACCGACCUGCAGGCGCGGACAAGUGGUUGCCGUGGCCUGUGGAGCAGUCUACUCCAACUGGGGCGGCGCCGACCUUGGCUGAGCUGGCCCCCGAUGUAACAUUGGUCGAAAUGACGUGGCAAAAUGACCUUCAUGCAGCCAACGAUGGUGCUGUCGCUCCUCCUCCGACGCCACCAUCGGACGUUGUCGACGGCGCGACUCUUGGUCCCACACCGGCUGCCGUCGGGCUGAGCAACUUGGGCAACUCGUGCUUCAUGAAUGCUGUUCUGCAAUGCCUCUUCCACACCAUGCCGUUGCAAGAGUACUUUGUCUCGGACGAGUACCUGUACGACUUGAAUGUGUGGAACAAGUACGGGAUGCAGGGAGUGUUUGCCGCCGUCUACGGCGAGCUCGCGCGAGUCAUGUCGUCCAACCGGUCGAGGCCCAUCGCGCCGCUGACCUUUAAACUCGCGAUCGGAAAGCUGUAUCCGCAGUUCCAAGGCCACCUCCAGCACGACGCGCACGAGUGUCUGUCGGUGCUGCUGCAAGGAUUGAGCGAAGAUUUGAGUCGGCCAUUGCGCGCGCCGUCCUUGUCGCCGUCCGCCCUCAAGUCGACCAUCCAAACAGUCAAACCGUACGUGGACUUGCCCGAUAGCAAUGGACGACCGGACGCCGACGUUGCGUUUGAAUGGUGGCGCGCCCACGUCUUGCGGGAUCCGUCCAUUGUCACCGCGCUCUUCACUGGGCAGUUUAAGAGCGCGCUGGAUUGCUCGGCAUGCGGGCAAACGUCCAACCGAUUUGAACCGUUUUCGUUUUUGCAAGUGCCGCUACCGCCAUCCCUCCAACGUUGGCGCACUGUGUACGUCCACGUCGGCCACGGCCGUCCGAUCCAGAAGCGAAAGGUGCGAUUGGACUCGCGCGCCACGACAGCCGACCUUGUUGCCGCUCUCCGCCACCAGGACAAGGAGCUACCAGACGCUUCUUCCAGCGAUCCCGUCCAAAUCGUUGCCAUCCUCCACGGCCACAAAAUCCACACAAUUGUCCAGCCCAAGCAGCUCCUCGUCGACAUUGCCCAAGACCUCCACGUGUACUCGUACCAGGGUGUGGCACAUCCAUCCACCCCGGGCGCUCCUUCGCCGUCGCGGCGAUGGCAGUGUGUCUACCGCCGCCAGCGCCUCGUUCCGUUUUACUUUUUGCAUCCGUUCCGGGUUCAAUUGUACGGGUCGCCGUUCUUGCUGCCGUCGACCGCACGGAUGACUGGCCACGAGUUGUAUGCAUGGGUGCACACCCACCAGCCACCUCCUGCAACGUCGUCACAGGACGUGGACAAAGCGAUUUACUUUGCACUGCCGUCGGCGGCACAUCCGACAUGGCCAUUUACAAUUCGAUACGUUCGGGCCACCGACGGGCUGGCUUGUUCGAGGUGUCCGUGGACGUCCAGCUGCGUCGGGUGCCCUGUGGUUCCAUGCGCGCGCAACUCGUCUGGCCACCACGGCACUCUUGACGACGACAUGCAUCCCAGAGACGACGCGCGUGACGAAAUUGUCAUGCUGCAGCCCCACGAAAUGCUCGCCAUCGACUGGGGCAUCGAGACGGCGGCGGCGCCGCCUGAACUCCACUCGUCGUACGUGCAAUUUCACGCCACGCCUCCGCCAGCCCAUCCGUUGGAAGACUGCAUCGGUAUGCUCUGUUCGCAGGAGACGGUCGACAUGUACUGCAGCAAGUGCACCACGUCGCUGCCGCACACGAAGCGGCUCGCGCUAUGGAGCACGCCGCCGAUUUUGGUCGUUCAGCUCAAGCGGUUCCAGACGAUUUCGGAAACGCAAUCGAUGGUCAAGGCCGAAACGAGUAUUCGUUUUCCAACCACGCUGUCGCUCGCACGGUUCCUGGCCACCACUUCGAACGGCACACCGCUCGACAUCUCGACGGCCCCACACAAUAACGUAGUCGCCACCACCUACGGCGACCCUGACGACGCCACCACGCACGACGCUGGCAACAACGACCACGUCCUCCCCAUCCCGACCACCUUUGUCUGGAAAAACGACAUUUCCGUCACGUUCCCAUACCCGACGGCGACCGCCGCCCCCCACCAUCAAGACUACAACCUGUACGGAAUCGUGUGCCACGUCGGAGUCCUUGGCGCUGGUCACUACAUCGCGUAUGUCCACGAGGCAGGCACGUGGUGGUGUGUGGACGACAUGACGGUGACCGCCGUGGCCGACCUGAAUCUGUCCAAGCUCAUGUGUGCCGCGUACUUGCUGUUUUACGAGCGCAAAGACAUGGAGAGCGUCGCGAUGGACAAGUGGUUUAAGCGAGCCGAGACGGCGCACGGCAGCGGCAUUCAGGUCAACGUAGACGACCUCCGACGCCAAGUGCACACAUGGACAAAACCGCAAGGCGGCGGCACGACGCAGCACGUUCGAUCCAAAUCCAAGUAUUGGCUCAACUGGACGUGGCGAUGAUCUCGCCGAGGUAGAGGCAUCAAAAACACGAGUUCGUUUGCGGCGCGUCCUCACACUUGAACCUGCUCAAACAAAUACAAGUGAGCAUUCACGUAGCACGCCCAUGGAAGGUGACGAGAUCAGCAAGCCGAGUCGCAAACGCUG